AUGUUUGAAAAUCUUAAAGCAUUCAUUAGACAUGGCAAACAAGCCAAUGAUUUCAAAAAGAAUCAGAAUCAACAACCACGUCAAAUUCAACAAAACAAUUAUCAACAAGCCCCUCAACAAUCAAGAAGUCUUCCAGAAAACCCCUUUCAAGUUGAAUGUGAUAACAAAAACAACCAAGUAUUCCUGUAUCCACCCGUACAUAACCCACAGAAUCCGCAACCAGCGGAUCCGUACCACCAAGAUACUCAUUUCAACCAAAACUAUCAACAUCAACCUCCUCAGGAACAACAAAAUAUCUAUAAUGCAUAUGGCCAAUCCGAUACCACCCUCAACGAUCCAAAUACCGACUAUAACAUGCUAGCAUCCCAACUUGUGGAGGAAGAAAAUAAGCAAAAGCAGAAAUCAGUUAAAUAUCCUAAUUUGGACAACUAUGAAAUUUUGGAACAAAUGGGUGAAGGGGCAUUUUCUGUUGUAUACAAAGCAAGACAUUUGAGUAGUGGUAAAGAAGUCGCCAUUAAGAUUUUGCGUAAGUUCCAAAUGGACCAAGCUCAGAAACAAGCAGUUUUGAAAGAAGUUACAAUAAUGAGACAAUUGAACCAUCCAAAUAUUGUUAGAUUUAUCGAGUUUAUUGAUUCCCCUACUUAUUACUAUAUCGUACAAGAAUUAGCUCCUGGUGGAGAAAUAUUCACCAUGAUUGUCAAAUACACUUAUCUUUCGGAAGACUUGUCCCGUUGGGUAAUUACUCAAGUUGCCCAAGCAAUUAGAUACUUACAUGAAGAAGUUGGUAUUGUCCAUCGUGAUAUCAAACCAGAAAACUUGUUGUAUGUUCCAAUUGAUUUUAAACCAAAUAGCAAUCCUAUUUCCAAAUUGAGAAAAUCAGAUGAUCCAAACACGAAAGUAGAUGAAGGUGUUUUUAUUGAUCAAGUUGGUGGUGGUGGUAUUGGUGUUGUAAAAUUAGCUGAUUUUGGUUUAUCUAAACAAAUCUGGGAACACAAUACUAAGACUCCAUGUGGUACUGUUGGUUACACAGCUCCGGAAAUCGUUAGAGAUGAACGUUAUUCUAAGGAAGUUGAUAUGUGGGCAUUGGGUUGUGUAUUAUACACAUUAUUGUGUGGAUUUCCUCCAUUUUAUGACGAAAGAAUUGAAACCUUGACAGAAAAAGUAGCUAAAGGUGAAUUUACAUUUUUAAAACCUUGGUGGGAUGAAAUUAGUGAUGGAGCCAAGAACUGUGUUAGUAGGCUUUUAACUGUGGAUCCAAAGAAGAGAUACACUAUUGAUGAGUUUUUACAAGAUCCUUGGAUGCAACAACGUCCCGCCAGUGCACAAUCACGUGGUCAAGCUUCUACAAGAAUGCCAGCUUCAUCCCAAAAGGUCAGUCAUCCAAUCCAAGCUGCCAAUGCCAAAUACUCCAAAAGAUUUAUGUCCUCAAACUCUGACUUGUAUUCACCAGCUGCCGUUGCUUUGCGUGAUGCAUUUGAUAUUUCUACCGCGGUACACAGAAUGGGAGAAGAAGCUGCCUUACAAACUAAGUUACUGGCUCCAAUUGAGAAUUUGAUAGAGGAAGAAGAAGAGGAAGAAAAGAAUGAAGAAAUUGUGAAUUCCGAAGGAAGAGUGGUUCAAGAACCAGUCUACAAUAACGUUCCAAGAACCCAUCAUCAUAGAAAUCACUUGAAGAAUAACGCAGCAAAUCCAUUUGAUUUGAAUCUUGGAGGUGCAUCUAUAUUGGAAAGAAGAAAGAAUAAGCAAAUUCCUAUUCAAACAAGUUGA